AUGGAUAUAAGCUUUUACACACACAACAGAAACACACAGAGAAGGAGUACAGGAACUGCUACUUGUACAAGUCUCAGGAUGUGGAAGACCAUCAUUUUGCUUUUUCUUCUGGCACUGUGGGCCGAGAGUUCUCAGGAGCAGACAAGCCAGGACGGGACCAGAAACAAGACCUGUGAGCGAGUGCUCAUUCGGUCCAAGAGGAGAUGGGUGCUGAAUACUUUUGAAGUAAAUGAGGAACUUCCUGGACCUUACCCUCAAUUUAUAACAGAGUUGCACAACGAUAAGCACCUGAAGCACUCCAUCCUAUUCAAAAUCAGUGGCCAAGGUGUGACAGAAGAGCCAUUAAAUGUGUUCACCAUUAAUGAGACGACUGGUGAAAUUUUCCUGCACAAGCCCAUAGACAGAGAAACCUACUCCAUGCUCAGGGUGAAUUUUGACGUGAUGGACAAAGAAACUCAUAAAAUUGUUGACAAAACCUUGACUUUCGACUUGGAAAUAAAAGAUAUGAACGAUAAUAAACCUACAUUUAAACCUGAAGUUUUAUACAUGAAUAUUCCAGAGAACACAAAAGAAGGUCAGCUUCCAAUUUUACUGCAAGCAACGGACAGAGAUGAGAAAGGCAAUGACAAUUCUCGCAUCUCCAUGAGGAUAGUGUCUCAGGAGCCAGCACUGCCAAAAAUCUCUCUGGACACUAGCCUGGAUGAAAAAAAACAAAAACUCGCAAAACUCGUCUUCAGCGGGUGCUUUGAUUAUGAUAAAGUAAAGACAUAUAAAAUGCUUGUCGAAGCACGGGAUCAUGGAAUACCAUCACUCUCAUCCACUGCGACUAUAUAUAUCCACAUCUAUGAUUCUAACACUCACGCUCCUGUGUUCACUGACCUAAAGUUCAACACUGAAGUUUUGGAAAUGGAAACCAAUAAAGAAAUUUUAAGGAUUCCUGUGCAAGAUAAGGACACUCCCAACACUCCAGGAUCCAGAGCAGUGUUCGCCAUCCUGAAGGGUAAUGAAGAGGGCAACUACAAGAUUGAAACAGACCCACUUACCAACGAAGGAGUGCUGACUGUCAUCAAGGGAAAGGAUUAUGAGAGAACCACUCUAACUGAACUGGAAAUAGGAGUAGAGAAUGAGGAGCCUUUAUUUUUUUGUGUUGAUGGAAAGCCAGUUAAUCCCAUUCCAAAGAAUUUAAAUAGGAGCAACAAAGUUAAAGUCGCCGUCAAAGUCAUUGAUGUGAAUGAUCCACCAGUGUUUCACAACAAAAUACAUAUAGUACACAGGGUUGAGGAGGAAGAGCCCGGAGAGGUGUUGUACACUCCCACGGUGACAGAUGAGGAUUCAGACCCAGCUAAGAUCAGGUAUAAACUAGGAGAAGAUCCAGCUAAAUGGAUGUCCAUAGACCCACAGACUGGCAUUAUUACCCUGGCAAAAAAGAUGGACCGUGAGUCUCCGUAUGUCAAUGGGAGCACCUACACUGUUGUGAUGAGAGCAAUAGAUGAUGGCGAACCUCCUGGCACGGGUACAGGGACUCUGGUGAUCAACCUGGGAGAUAAGAAUGAUAAUGCACCUUAUCUAACCUGCAACCCUUCUGUGAUAUGUGGGAACAAAGGUGACAGAGUGAGAGUCACCGCACAAGAUGCUGAUGUUUUUCCAUACAGCGGACCAUUCAUCAUCACACUUGACAAAGAUGAUCAGGAGCUGAAGAGCAUGUGGAAGUUUGAGCACACAGUGUCUGAGAUCUUACUGAUUAGCCUGAAGAGUCUGCCAUAUGGAAAUUAUACAGUUCCCGUGAAGAUUGCUGACCAACAGGGGGUGCAAGCAAACGAUGUCUUGCAAGUGGUGAUAUGUGACUGUGGGAGCGGAACUGUGUGCAAAAACCAGCUACCACGAUCCUCCACCCUCCAUAUAUCAUCUAUAGUUAUAAUUUUGCUGGCAAUACUGCUCCUGAUAGCUUUGCUGCUUUAUUGUUUUUUCUGCAAAUGUGGAAUAAACAGAAAGGAAAAGAUACACAAUUUCAUGGAAUUCUUGCAAGAUGAUGGAAUCCAAACCAUGGUCAUUUACAAAUUGGAAGGAGAAGGCUCAUGCAAGACCACUUAGAUCCCAAAAUGGUCAUCAUUUCCUGGUACCACGAUCCCGUCUACAACGCAGGGGAGACCGAGCUUUCGCAGUAGCAGGCCCUACGCUGUGGAAUAGCCUGCCACCACCACCACAACCUCUUUUCCUGUGCUUUUAAUUUUAAUUGUUGUUAAUUUGUAGAUGUUCUUUCUUUUUUUUCUUUUCUUUUAUCUCAAUGUACAGCACUUUGGCCAGCUCAGGCAGAUUUUAUAUGCUUUACAAAUAAAAUUUAAUUAAAUUGAAUGUUUUCACCUUCAA